CCUUGACACAACUCUUUCGUAAAAGAAGGAGCAGUGGAAAAUGUCGCACAUUUCAAAUUUACGCCGGAACUCAAAUGAUUCAUUCCCAGAUUUUGUUAUUAUCUAUGAAACAACAGACCCUGACAAUCCAGAUGAACAAGAAAAAUUAGAAACCGAGUUGGAAUUAGCAUUUCAAAGACAGGUGGCACACAUAAUAAUCGAACCAUUCACACUUGGAAAAGACACCGCAAGAUGGAUAAAAAUGGGAAAUUUUCUUCACAAAUCAUGUGUCGUUAGCGGCAUCAUUUCCUUGAUCACAGGGUAUUGCAACAAAGAUCUUGUUUCAUAUACAUUUGCUGGAGUCAGCUUUUUGACAGCAGGAUUAUAUGCAUUGUCUUGGGCAAGUGAUCCCUGUUGUAAAUAUCAGAUAGAGAAAAACAAGAGAAGAAUUCAAGACCUGCCAUUACAUGAACUGUCCUCCACAUCAGUAGUGGUACUUGUCAGAAGGGACGAUGCUCGAAGGAAAUACCUACAGAACAUUGUCUCCUUCUCCGCUGUGUGUCUCAGUGCUUACAAAGUUUAUAAUAUGUACUACUUAUGACAUUACAGUCUUGUUUGAUUAUUAUUAUAUUUCAUAAUAAAAAUAUUUGUAUUGAAA